AACUAAUCGAACUCACGGUACCAGCAAAAUCCAAUUGGAUAUUAUCAUUAAACUACACUCUGAUAAUUAUUUAUUGAUAAGACUUAGUUCCUAUCUUCAAAAAUCUGACAAGAUCUAAUAGCAACAAACGUUUCCAAUACAAUUUACAUAAAGAAUCUUCAAUUUACAUUCUUUGGGUUGGCAGUGCUCCAACCUUGAUCAUUAUAUACUUCCAAAAACAUGUCAGGUGAAAUGAGGGUGCUGCAAAGGGUCAAACCUGGAACUGUUCUGAUUAAGGAGGAGCCUUUUGUCUACAUCCUCAGCUCCAAGGUUCAUUCACAAUAUUGUGACAAUUGUUUUAAAAAGGGAAAACUGUUGAAGUGCUCCAAUUGCCAAUAUGUGUAUUAUUGUGGAAGAGAUUGCCAGAGGGAGGCCUGGUCUGUGCACAAACCAGAGUGUUCAAACAUUAAGAGAACAUUGCCCAGGGUUUUGCCAGACGCGGCAAGAUUGUUGGCCAGAUUGAUCAGAAAAUUGCAGAAGGGUGGAGAUUUGGUCAAGUCAUAUUAUUCUGAAGGGAAUUUCAGGAUGUUCAAAGACCUAAUGUCACAUUACACGGAUUUGAAGGAGAACUCUAAGAAGAUGGAGCAUUUCGUUUCGUUGUACGGCGUAUUGCACGAGUUCUUCGGCGGUGUUGGUUUACCAAAUUCAGCUGAGCUGAUGGGGAUGUACGGACGGAUGUGCGUAAACAGUUUCAACAUAUGCGAUUCUGAAUUGGUGUCUUUGGGUACCGGAAUUUACCUGGGGGCUUCUAUAGUUGAUCAUUCCUGUAAACCUAAUGCUGUAGCCACCUUCGAAGGUGUCACCCUUUCCAUAAGGUGUACCGAAGAAUUGCCGAGUUUAGACUGGUCUCAAAUUUUCAUCAGCUACAUAGAUACGAUGAAUACGCCCAAAGUUCGACAGGAAGAUCUAAUGUACACCUACUACUUCCUGUGUCAAUGCCCGAAAUGUUUGGAUCCUAAGGAAACGGAUAACAUGAUCGCUGCAGCCUGCCCGAAUACUAAUUGCGACGCUUCCAUUGACCCCAUGCAGUCCACCGAAAAAUGCUUACAAUGCAACGAAAAGAUCACCGAAGAUUUCUUGAAGAAAUAUAAGGAGAUUACCGAGUUUUCUGACGUGCAUUUGAAGAACAUGCACGACAUGGCUUCAAAAUUAGAUAUGGACGUGUGCAAGUUCUGCUUGCAGAAGCAGCGCGGCGUCUUGCACAAAUUCAACGUGCAGUAUGUGAAGACUUUAGACUUGGCGUUCCAGGCAUGCAUUGAUUUCGGUCAAUGGAAUGAUGCUAGGGAAUUCGGAGAAGAAUUGAUCGAGGGUUACAAGAUUUAUUUCGGAGAUGUGCAUCCGCUCUUAGGACUUUUGUACUUGAAAUUGGGCAAGAUCUUGGUGUACCAAGAAGAGUGCCGUCAGGCUCUGGUGCAUCUGAAGAAAGCCAAGGAUGUGCUUAGCAUCACGCACGGAAGCACAAGCAAAUUAUUUAGAAACGAGCUUAUACCAUUGUUGCAACAGGCCCUGGCCGAAACUGGUUUAGACAAUUAGCGGAGACAAUUGUAGAGUUUAGUUUAAUAUUUUUUUUAUUGAAAAAAA